AAAAUGAAUCAUUGUGUACACAAUUUUUGGAUACAUUUUCUCAAGAUAUCACUAACGCUGAAAAUGAUGCAGAAGUUGGCCAACAGGAAAUUAACAAAAACAUAGUUCUUCAUGAUCAAGCUGUGAAUACAAACAGCGAUUGUCAUUCUCUACUUUCUGAGGAGAGACCACACAUACGAAUUCCAACAGGUAAGGAAAAAAGUAAAGCUCCUCAGAAGAAGCAUUGCUGUUGCUUUUGUCAAAAACGUUUGUUCAAAGUUUACCGCCAUUACACUGAAGUACACAAGACUGAAAGAGAGGUGAGAGAGAUAAUAAAUCUUCCAAAAAAGUCAGCUUAUAGAAGAUCUCUUCUGGACAAACUCAGGAAAAAGGGAGAUCAUUUAUUUAAUACUCAAAUAAAAGAUAAAUACCAAAAUGACAUUGUUUGUAAGGAAACAAUUCAACAAACGAAGGUUAAAAGAGAACGAAAUGUUCCAUGUCCAAGUUGUUUGGGGUACUAUAGUAAAUUUAGUAUAAGACAUCAUUUGGAAAAAUGUAUGCCAGUGAAAGAAAAAAAGACUAGGAGAAAUAAUAUACAAGCUCAAUGCAGGAAGUUUGAAAAUAAAUUACACCCUAAAGCUUCUACGGUGUUGAGAGGAAAUAUUUUUCCAGUAUUAAAUGAAGAUGAUGUUACUGAUGCGAUCAGGUAUGAUGACCUGGUUAUUACAUAUGCAAAUUAUUUAUGUAGAAAAUACACAGCAGAACAUCAUAGUCAACAAAUAAGAUCCAAUAUGAGAGCAAUUGGGAGGUUGAUUUUAGCUAUGAGAGAAAUCAAUCCUCAAAUAAACAACCUUACUGAUGCAUUUGAUCCUUCUAAAGUUGAUUUAAUAAUAGAAGGAAUUGAAAGAGUUGCAGGAUUGGAUGAAAUUUCAAACCUAUACAGGUCUCCUGCUACUGCUAUGUUGUUAACCACUGAAUUGAAAAAAAUAUGUAAAUUAAUGGAAAUGGAAUUCAUUAAAAAACAGGAUGAUACUGGCAAGAAAAGAAUGGAGAACUUAUAUUUGCUUUUUAAUCUAGAAUUCCAAGUGGCUGUCAAUAAGAAAGGACUAGAAACACAAAAAAAUAAUUUCAGAAGGAAAAAAUGUGAUUUGCCCAAAACAGAACAGAUUGCGAAAUUCCGAAUAUAUUUGGAAUAUAAAAUACUACAUUACACAACUAGGAUGAGUCAGAACUAUUCCUUCAAAGACUGGACCCACUUGACGGAGUAUUCUCUAGUACACCUGGCAAUAUUCAAUAGGAAGAGGCCUGGGGAAACUCAGCGCCUUUUAAUAGACGAUUAUAUAAAUUAUGAAGUGAUUGACAAUGAAGAUUCAUCAAAUGAAAUGGACAAUUUAUCUAGAGAACAAAUUAAAAAAUGGGCCAGAAUAAAAUUUACAGGAAAAUUAGGGAAAAAUACUGCUCUUCUCAUUCAUCGAGAUCUCGGCUUUAAAGCAAUCGAUUUGAUCCUAAAAUACAGGGAGAAAGCUGGUGUCAGUCCUCAAAACAAAUUUGUUUUUGGAGAUCCAUCUCGAUCUAACACUCAAAGUACCUUUCAGGCAUGUAACUUGAUAAGGAAAUUUUCCAUAGAGUCUGGUAUUGAGAAUCCAGAAUUAUUAAGGACCAGACUAUUGAGGCAGCAUUUAGCAACAGAAACGGCUCGCUCUCAGGUAGAGUCUCGUCUAGAAGGGAGGGUUUCAGACUUUAUGUCUCAUAAAAGACAUAUACAUGAAGAUUAUUAUGUCUUGACCCAAAAAACAGAUGACAUAACUAAAGUUUCAGCAUUACUAGAAGAAUUUUCAUCAGUAAAAGAUGUGAUUACACCGAUACCAGCAAUAAAAAAAACAGCAUUAUCAAAUAAAGUUGAAGCUAGUCCUACUUCUUCAUCCGAUGAAGAAUACUGCCCAGAGGAAGAUGAUAUAAGUCCUUCAGAAUUUAAAUAUGUUAUGGGCAAAAAGCAGAAACGUCAUCCUUGGACAUCCGCCGAAAAGAAUAAAGCAAGAGAAUACUUUUACGAUAAUAUUUAUAAGGAGAUGGAGGUUACAAAACAAAAAGCAAAAUGUUUUUUUCUAUCAAAUCAAGAAUUGUACAAACAUCGAUCUGCACAUUUAAUCAUGCAGUGGGUUAAAUGUGAACAAAAAAAAGUAUUGGCUUCUCAAUCAGGAUUGAUGGGGCAGCGUUUAAGAUGGAGUACUCCUGAAAAAGAAGUUCUGAGAACCAGCAGUGUGAGAACCAGCAGUGAGAGACAUUCUGAAAAUGGGACGAUCCCAAGCAUUUCUGAAUGCGAAUUGUUAUUUGAAGACAACAAAGAUAUUUUGAAAAACAGGACUCCAAGGCUUUUCUCUACACAAACAUCAAGAAACAAAACGUUCGCUCGCAAAGCUUUUAGUUAGUGCUUUUAUUACAUUUGUGAAAUAAAGCUUUAAGAUUGGCA